CAACAGCUCCAGAUUUGCCUGCAUCAAAAAGAAGCACACCACAUCUGCUAGAAUUUUCAGGACUCCGUCUUCAAACAAUGGAAAGGGCUAACCAGCAUGCGUAGACAUCUUCAAUAGCUUCAAUAUAUAAUUCUCUAAUCAGGUUAUUGUUGAAUCCACCUAAUUAGUGUUUAAGGUUUCGGUUUUACAGAACCUUGUGUCGACAUGGGCUACUAUAACAAUGUCUUUGAUGAAUUCAAUUACCAAACUAAUAUCGGUUGGCUACGCGAUGGAUGGAAAAUCAUUCUCCAGGCUUACAACUGGGAAUCUCACAAACAUGAUUGGUGGAGAAAAUUGGAUGGAAAAGUUCCCGUCAUCGCAAAAUCUGGCUUUGCUUCUGCAUGGUUGCCACCACCAUCUCAGUCUCUUGCACCAGAAGGAUAAAGGGCCGUUAGAACCAGUCGCAAGCGCAUGUUUGAUGCUGACUAUGAACCAUCUCACCAUACAUUUUUAUCUCUGAUCAAACAGCUGUUCGACAAGAGAGAUAUGUGCAGUAGAGAAAAGCUGUGAAACAGGAGAAGAAGCUUGACCGGAAAUACGAUUUAUGUCUAAGUGUUGCCAUAAAAAUUAUGAAGCAAUGUAAGUAGGCACAAGAAGCUUGUUAAUAAAUGGGUGGAUUUGAAGACUUAAGCUUGUCUCAAUGACAACAUAAUUCAUCAGAAAACAGAACCUAACCGGUGUUCAAACCAAAACGGUAUUUGGGCUUUAAAUGGGCCACCAUGUCAUGUUCUAUGGACCCAAAAACCCUACUCUGCGAUUUAGUCCUCGUCAAAUUUCCCGGCGAGACGGCCGUCGUCGUCCUCACAUUUUCCCAUUGCCUCCAGCUCUCAGUUGAAGAACCCUCGAUUCUGGGUUUUAGAAUUCUCCUGAUGUCUUGCCUUAUUCAGAAUCGCAUUGGAAACACCUUGUUACGCCUUAAACCUUCGGUUGCUACCGCUCUUACCUCUACGUUCAUCAAGAAUCUCUCUACAGUUUCGGAGCAGACACUUGAUGAAUCUUCACAGUCUGAGGAGAUAUGGAAUGUAAUUGUAGGUAGAGCAGGUGAUAGAGACAGUGAAGAUGAGGUUUUUAAUCGUCUAUCUAACGAUGAACUCUGUACCAGGAUCAAUCUCUCUGAUGGUUUGGUUCAUAAGCUACUUCAUAGGUUUAGAGAUGACUGGAGAUCUGCUCUUGGUGUUCUGAGAUGGGCUGAGACUUGUAAAGGGCACAAACAUUCUAAUGACUCUUACGAUAUGGCGGUGGAUAUUCUCGGGAAGGCGAAGAAAUGGGAUCGGAUGAAGGAGUUUGUGGAGAGAAUGAGAGGUGAUAAACUUGUCACUUUGAACACUGUUGCUAAGAUCAUGAGGAGAUUUGCUGGUGCAGGGGAAUGGGAAGAAGCAGUGGGAAUAUUUGAUAAAUUGGGUGAGUUUGGAUUGGAGAAGAACACAGAAUCGAUGAAUCUGCUGCUCGAUACGCUUUGCAAGGAGAAAAGUGUCGAGCAGGCUCGGGUAGUUUUGCUAGAGCUUAAGUCACACAUUACACCAAAUGCUCAUACGUUUAAUAUCUUCAUUCACGGUUGGUGUAAGGCAAAUAGAGUCGAGGAGGCUCUUUGGACGAUCCAAGAGAUGAAAGGCCAUGGGUUUCAACCAUGUGUUAUUAGCUAUACGACGAUUAUAAGGUGUUACUGCCAGCAGUCUGAGUUUAUUAAGGUCUAUGAGAUGCUAAGUGAAAUGGAAGCUAAUGGGUCUCCUCCGAAUUCUAUUACUUACACGACUAUUAUGGCUUCUCUUAAUGCACAGAAAGAGUUUGAGGAGGCAUUACGGGUUGCUACAAGGAUGAAAAGAUCCGGUUGUAAACCUGAUGCUCUUUUCUACAACUGCUUGAUUCACACGCUCGCUAGAGCUGGUCGGUUAGAAGAAGCUGAGCGGGUUUUCAGAGUUGAGAUGCCAGAACUUGGUGUUUCCAUGAAUACAUCUACCUAUAACUCCAUGAUCGCUAUGUACUGCCAUCACGACGAGGAACACAAGGCGGUUGAGCUUCUCAAGGAAAUGGAGAGUUCCAAGCUUUGUGAUCCGGAUGUUCAUACGUAUCACCCGUUGCUGAGAUCUUGUUUUAAGAGAGGAGAUGUAGUUGAGGUUGGGAAAUUAUUGAAAGAAAUGGUGACUAAACAUCAUCUCAGCCUCGAUGAAUCGACUUAUACUUUUCUGAUACAGAGGUUAUGCAGAGCCAAUAUAUGUGAGUGGGCGUAUUGUCUAUUCGAAGAGAUGAUUAGCCAAGAUAUCACGCCGCGGCACCGGACUUGUUUGCUGCUCUUGGAAGAGGUCAAGAAGAAGAAUAUGCAUGAAUCCGCUGAGAGAAUCGAACACAUCAUGAAGACUGUGAAACUCAGUGCCCCUUUAAAGUGAGAUAUUUUUUACUAUGGCUGGACCUGUGUUUUCUUUCGGCAUCUUCUUACCUGUUUAUUGCGGUAUGGUUACGAGAGAGGCUAGACAAUUUGUGGUACUGUUGAAUAGGGGGAGAUUGUAGAUUGUGAUAAUUUGUGCACUCCAGGCUUUAUAGAAAGAAGACAAGAUCAGAUCAUGCGUAAAAAUGUCCAUUGUGUUCUUCAUUCAACCACAUUGUAGUGUAGCUUCAUAAGUACUUUGGUCAUUGGUAAGAGAAACUUCUAUUUCAAAUACAAGAAUAGCUGUUAAGGUUUGUAACUCUGGAGUUGAUUGAUUCUGACACAAUCUUGAAAGUAAAGAGGUUGGCUCGGCAAGCUGUCUGCUCUGACUCAAAUCUUUUUAAGGGAAGAUCCA